AUGCGUCGAUGGAGGCAAGUGAUGUUCACUGACGAGUCUAGAUUCUGUCUGUGUCGCUCAGACGGAAGAAAACGGAUAUAUCGCAGACGCGCCGACAUCAUGGCAGCCUAUCAGUUCAAAUGUUCCUUAGAUGAAAUGAGCGUUAAGGAAUUCUACGACCAUUAUAAAGACUCCCUUCCGAAGCUGAUCAUGAUCACCCAAGGUUAUUGUGGAGAGGUGGUGCUCGAUACGUUCGAUAGAGAGCAGGUGUUGCGUAUCCAUACCUUCUCGAUCCAGAAGCGAGUAAUAGCUAAGAUGUGUGAUGGUUGCCGUCUGCCUGGAAUAGAUGGAACACAUCUCAGUAUACCUAUCAACUAUGACGCAAAGUUCUGUAUGAUCAAAUCUGGAGCUAAAGUUGGUAAGGAGGAGACUUUACAAGAUAUUGUCCUUAAGCACGAUCUCCCUGUUGAGGUUCAGCUUGGGAAGUCUGGAGGGGACACGCUCAAAGUUGGAGACACUGACAAAAGCACUCGUCAGAAAAGCGGUCAGAUGUUCAGGAUUUCUUUACUGGAAACACAUGACGAAUUCUUCCUUCUUGGAAACGCAGUGGCAGGAACCUCCUUAUACGGAAAGGUUACGGUGGUACCUGUUUACCUGCCGGAUCUUCGUCUGUCUAUCAUAACUGGGUUCGCAGUUCAACCACAGGAAAGGUUCGACGCUGUCUGUAGAGAAAUGCAUGCACAGGUGGUGAAGAAUAUCAGCUUUGACGAUAUCAAAGGAAAUGAAGACAUUGCUGUUUACUCCGAUCACGCCACUAGACACGAUAUAUACUAUUACGCUUCACCUGUGGACUAUUGUCACAUUGACGAAGGUAUGGAAAAGGGAAGGAAAUCAAAAAGACGUGAUGGUUAUACAGACCUCGUCCCAAAGACCAUGGAUGACAAUGUGUAUGAUAUCAUACCAAGCGAUUCAUUGUACAAUGAGCUAGACACAAAACAUAUGCUAACUCCAACUCCAGUUAAAGUACCACCGGUUACAACAGCUAAACCAAUAACAACGCCGAAACCCAUGGCAAAAAUUCCUGCAUCCAAACCUCCAGCGCAACUUCCAUCUUCAACAUCCACACCACCUAAACAACUUUCUGCUCUUGAUCAGUCUCCGCUAUAUAGAGCAAUUAAGAGCAAGGCAGAGAGCGAGAACGAAAAUCCAAAGAAAGAACCUCCUCCUCCGGUUCCAAAACGUGGAGAUAAUACCUAUUCUUUACGCCAGAAAAGGCCGGAGGGCCCUAUAGGCGAUGUUCCGGGCACAAGAGAUGAAAACAUAACACUAGUUCAACAAGAGGAGAGUCAAGUAGGGCAGAAACAAGCGGCCGUCAGUGGCAAGUCGGAUAAAAUCAACGUAAAAGAACUUGAUAUUGAUGAGUUAGGCAAAUUCCUUAUUAAACUCAAACUUCAGAAGUAUACCGAAACAUUCAGAGACAAUUUAAUUGACGGAGCUAUACUUCAGGAACUGGAUCGGGAUAUUCUUAUUAAUGAGUUUGGUAUGACGAAACUCGAGAUAAUCAGACUGAUGAAAUUUGCAACAGCUGGACAUGUUCCAAAAACACAAGACACGUGAUUAUGUAUUUCCUGGUCAAAAUCGUUUAAA